AAAUAAAUCAAAAAUCAAAUGUCAUCAGGAGGAAAAGGAAAAGCAGGAAAGGGAGGCAAAGCCGCAGGAGCUCAUAAAUCAGUUUCCAGAUCACACAAAGCUGGUUUGUAAUUCCCAGUCGGAAGAGUUUCAAGAUAUUUGAAAUAAGGAAGAUACACAGAAAGAGUUGGUGCUGGAGCUCCAGUUUAUCUUUCAGCUGUUUUGGAAUAUUUGGCUGCUGAAGUUUUAGAACUUGCUGGAAAUGCUGCUAAAGAUAACAAGAAAAACAGAAUCAAUCCAAGACACAUUCUUUUAGCCAUCAGAAACGACGAUGAAUUAAACAAAUUAAUGGCCAACACAACAAUCGCUGACGGUGGUGUUUUACCAAGCAUUCAUCCAUAAUUAUACCCAUCAAAGGAAGAUCCAAGUUAAGCAGUUUGAAAUGUUUAAUUUGUUUUACAAUUAACAUAUACAAAUUUAUUUUUUAAAUU